AAAUUGUACUGGCAAGGAGUUCAGAGGUGGAUUAUCUGUUUCAUCAUUGGCGUCCUGACCGGUCUGACUGCUGGACUGAUUGACUUUUGUGUGGAAAGCGUCUCUCGGGUCAAAUUUUUGUCUAUAAAAAAAUUGGUGGAUCAGUGUGAAGCUGGCAGCUGCUUGUGGAAACCACAGAUUGUUUGGUUUUGUUUCAACAUUGUUUUAGUACUAGUUGCUUCAUUAUUGACGGCUUUAGUUGAACCUGUGGCAGCUGGUAGCGGUAUUCCCCAAAUAAAGUGCUACCUGAAUGGUGUGAUUGUGCCACGUGUUGUUCGUAUCAAAACAUUGAUCACCAAGGUUGUGGGAGUCAUUUGUGCUGUCGGUGGUGGGUUAGCUGUUGGCAAGGAAGGUCCCAUGAUUCAUUCAGGAUCAGUCAUUGCAGCUGGUGUAUCUCAAGGAAGAAGCACCUCACUUGGUAUAGAUUUCAAAAUAUUUCGUAACUUUCGGAGUGACACAGAAAAGAGAGACUUUGUGUCUGCUGGUGCCGCAGCAGGGGUGUCUGCUGCUUUUGGUGCUCCAGUGGGAGGUGUUCUCUUCAGUUUGGAGGAAGGAGCAUCGUUCUGGAAUCAGUCUCUUGUAUGGAGGAUUUUUUUCUCUUCAAUGAUAUCGACAAUGACCUUGAAUAUUGUUCAGGGCUUCAUCAAAGGACAUCCCUGGGAUCUAUCUUAUGCUGGUCUUAUUGAUUUUGGGACCUUUGAUGCUGUUAACUAUAAAAUGGGAGAUCUCCUAAUUGCGAUAUGUAUGGGCGCCUUUGGUGGCUUACUUGGGGCUUUGUUCAACCACAUUAACUACAAGCUGACAGUGUUUAGAAUGAAGUAUGUCCAAACAAACUGGCAAAAAGUUCUGGAGGCAGUGAUGGUGGCAGCUUACACCCCAUGUUUUGCAUACCUGCUCAUAUUCUUCAGCAAUGACUGCAGAGACAUAACAGAGAACAAACAGGACAACAACUCCGUACUUGUGAAGUUUUUCUGUCAAGAAGGAGAGUACAGCUCAUCUGCCAAAUUGUUUUUUGAUACACCUGAAGCCACAGUGAAACAUCUUUUUCAUAAUGACCCAGGAACAUACCAGAUUUCUACAUUAUGCAUAUUUGCAAGUGGUUACUUCUUCUUGGCUUGUUGGACAUACGGCAUUUCUGUACCCAGUGGAUUGUUUAUUCCAAGUCUUUUGGUUGGAGCAGCAUGGGGCAGAAUCGUUGGCAUCCUGGUCUCAUUGGUAGAUGGGGAUUGGGUGGAAUUAUCUUUUUACUCUUUGGUUGGUGCAUCUGCGAUGUUAGGAGGUAUAGUUCGUAUGACAAUCAGCUUGACAGUUAUAAUCAUGGAAGCUACUUCGAAUGUCCCACUUGGUCUGCCUGUCAUGAUUUCUCUCAUUGUAGCUAAGUGGGUAGGAGAUCAAUUCAAUGAGGGAAUUUAUGACCUCCACAUUCAUCUGCAAGGUGUGCCAAUAUUAGGAUGGGAGCCAUUGCCAAUGCCUACAAACAUAAGUGCAAAGUCAGUAAUGAGCCAUCCCGUGACUGUGUUCAGGAUGAGAGAAUCUGUUGACAGAAUUGUCAGAGUUCUGAAGGAGGAACCUCACAAUGGCUUUCCAGUAGUGGAAGAUUACGAUCUAGAUAAUCCUGUGAUAACAGAUGGAUGUGAAACCUUUGGGACAUUCAGGGGGUUGAUACUGAGAAGUCAGCUGGUCACAAUGUUGCAAAAGAAGCUGUUCUUGGAAAACCCAGGUGUCAAUGAGAUAAUUAGCAGACUGAAAGUGGCUGAGUUUAAUGAGGCAUAUCCAAGAUACAUACCAAUACAGAAAGUGAGUAUCACACCUGUAGAAGCACAAUUCACAGUGGAUCUGGCACCUUUCAUGAACCAGUCUCAUUAUGUUGUGCUUGAGAGUGCUUCAUAUGCCAGCAUUUUCAGAAAAUUCCGGUCCCUCGGCCUUCGCCACAUGGUGGUCAUAAAUUUCAAAAAUCAAGUCAUCGGUAUUGUUACUCGCAAGGAUUUGGCUAGAUAUAUGGUGACCUUCAAGAAUGGAGAGAUUAACAUACGAGAAAAGACAAUUAUUAUGUAA